UUUACGUCAUCGAAAAAUCUGUUGGAUGAUGAAAUAGCAAGCGGCAAACCAAUUUUUAUUUCGGUUUGAUCAAAAAACUCUGAAGUUAUUAUUUCUUUGUUGAAAGUGAAGAAACGUGUACCUCUAUCUAGCUAUAAUGCGAAGGUUGAGCUUUGUUCUGAUUUUUUAUUAUUUAAGAUCUGUUUACGUUUCAAAUCCAGAAAACUCAGAAACAUUUUAUUACUUUUUACAAAGGGCUGCCGAAGAGAAAGCCAUUGAAUCACUAGUCGAAAUCGAAUCUAGCGAAGCCUUGCCCAUAGUGCUCUAUGAUGUAGAGCUCAUGCCACAACCUCAGCCACCAGAAAGAGUAGACAGUGUUGUCAUAGAGAAUGGACGAUUAGUGGGUGGAACGCAAUUUGGGAGCAUUUAUGCAGGACAGCAGAGUUUCUAUUGCCCGGUCAUGAACUCCUUACAAAACUGUUUAAUUCGAACAGAUUUCCAAACAGGGGAACCACUACAGUGUGCUCAACAAGCAUUGCCUACUUUGAAUGAACGCAGCGAUCGGAAAAACAGUUCUAGAUGUGGUUUAAAUAAGGUUGGCACUCUCUACCAUUUUACAUAUGAACUUUGCAAUAGUUUUGAUUUGAAUGAAUAUCCUUUGCAACCAAUGCAACCAUUAUCAGUUUAUACAUUGUGCUUUGAUUUGAAUGAGGACAAAGUACUGUUCACAAGUCAUCGUAUUUUAUUUGCACCCUUGAUAAGCUCAAAAGCAUUGAAACAAGAGAACAAGGUGGUUUUCCCAAUAACAAGUAUCGACAAAUUCAUUCCAUAUAAUUAUGAUGAGCUGAAAGCUGCUUUAAUAGAGGAAUCAAAUUCCCAAAUUCUUGUGAAAAAAUCUGCUUAUAGAACACAAAAACUAGUUCCAUCAGAAGACAUGGUAUUUGCAUUAUGGAGGCAACCCACAUUUCAAUUUUUGAACUUGGAAUUACAACAUGUGGAUUUAUUUGAGCUUUGGAAUGAGGUUAAUGGUAUUAUUAGAAGUUAUGCUGAUACAAUGUUCACUAAUAACAGGAGUUGGACUUAUGUGAUGGCCUCUGUGUUUGAUUUGCCUUCCAAGCUAAUAGAUCUCAAUGGUCAAAAGCCAAAUAUUUGGGCUAAAAUAAUCCUUUCCAUGAAAUCUAACCAAAAUAAGAAACCUAUGCGUGCUGCAGUCAUUCUAAUGGAAAAUUUCAUCCAUACUACAAAUACUAUAUCUUUGAAGAGAGAACUUGAAAUUAGUGAAUAUUGCAAAGAAGAUUCGUGCGAUGAUAAUUUGCUUAAGACAUUUCAAAAUUUUGAAGGUCAUUUACAUUGUUGUUCUUUAACCGAAAAAAUGAAGGAGAUGUUUGAUUUGCAGGAAUUUCAUAUUGACAACAAAUCAAUGUUAUAUAUUCCUGGUUUGAAUAAAAUUUUUGAACCAAUGGAUGUUGUUGAAAUUAUUGAUUGA